UUCUGAGCAGAACUCGGGAACUGUAAAUCUACAUUAAGGUAAGCCACUUGCCAGUACUAGGCCUUGUGAAAGAUAAUAAAAACAAUUGUUUAGUUUCAUCUUUUCCUUCUGUUUUUGAAAUCUAGUUUUAUACUUUUGUUUUUUGUUUUUUAAUUUUGCUUAGGAUGUGAACAACUCAAACUUCGUCUUCAAAACCUUUAACCCUUGGUGAAUGGCAAAGUAGCAUACGAAAUGCAUUUGCUUUCAUGUUUUUGCAUAUUGAGGAAGCUAACACGGUCAUGGAGGAUGGCUCCCCUUGCACUUUUGCUGCUUUUUUCCAGUUACAGACUGGUUGGAGUAAUAUUCUUGUCUCUCAUCUUCACAUCUCUAACACUGCUUUGCUCAACUAUUGUCUUCAUGUGGAAGCAUGGAAGAGAAAAUGUUGUCCCAACCCGAAUGCACAACCAUGAAACUGUGAGACAUGUGAAGGAAAGUGAUGAUGUUAGUGAUGCAGAUCACACGCCCGAUUGCUCAGAUGGGACAAUUUCUGAUGAAGACAGCCUCAUAGAGAUUUCACUUCCAAGUGGACACUUUGUGGGGCAUAAUCAGAGACCAGACUCCAACUUCUGCACUUUGCAACAGAAGAAGAGGGAAUUAUCAGCUCAUGAGACCCUCAUGGAAUUGUUGGCAGAGUUCAAUGAGGAGGAAAACCUAAUUGAGAUUGACAUAGCCAUGGGUUCUAUCAAGUGCUCAAGCUUUUGAAAUAUAAGCAUGAUCAUCAUCAUAUAUACAUAUAUAUUUUGUUGCCAAUGUUUUUUUCAUCCACCUAAUUCUUAUAUCUGGUUUGGAUUGUUUGGGAUGUAAUUAGGUUGUGAUCUUAAUGUUUUAAGUGCUGGGGUGGUGGAGCAGCAGUGUUAAUUAAAAUGCUUCUGUUUCUGUUGUGCCUCACAAGCUUUGGAUACUCAUUAAAGUCAUUGUAUUAUGACCCUUCUUUUUGACUUAAUGCUCUUUACAAAAAUCAAUAUGAAUUAAAGUUCGACAAAGUUGGACAA